UUUGCUUCUUUGCAGUAAGGAGUUUUUUUUUUACUACAAAUGUGGUUUAUCUCCCAGUCAAAAUUAUGCAGGUUAGCUGACGAAUCAGAGAAACGAUACUCAACAGGAGCUAGGCAGUUUAGCCUGUGAAGAACGCCACCGUGAAUGAUUCACUGCUAACUUUAAAACAAGCUUUUCAAGAGAAGGAACAGUGAGCCAGGAAAUUAUCGAGACUUGUAAAUCUCGCUGUCUCUCUCUCUUUUGUUUUUCUGACCAUUUAAAGCAAGUGACUGAUCUACCGGGCCAGGGACCUACCAGGAAAUCAGAAGGUAGGCUUAAAGUGAGUGCAAAGAUGGCAGAAGGUUUUUCUGCCCCUCGAUCUGAGCCAAUAUGCGGUGUCUGCCAGGGAGUAAGUGUGGUGCCAGUCAUGCUCUCCUGCUGGCACCCUUUCUGCUUGCGCUGCAUUGAGGGCUUUUGGAACCGGAAUCCAGGUGUUGAUCAUGGCUGCCCCAUAUGUCUAAAAGGGCCCACCCCAAGUGGUCUUACACACCUGAAAUGCCCAAGGAAAUCAAAGAACACCUAUAGUGUUUCAUGUGACUUCUGCCUGGGAGAGAAGCUGCCAGCUGAAAAGACUUGCCUGACCUGCAUGGCCUCUUUCUGUGGGCUCCACGUGCAACCACACCUGACUGGCGACACCUUCCGCAGUCACAAGCUGACAGACCCCAGUGAUGACCUGAGCAGGAGCUGUUGUAUGGAGCACAGUAAGCCACUGGAGAUGUUCUGCAGGGACUGCAAACUGUGCGUCUGCAAUGUGUGCCCUGUCCUGGGCAAGCACCAAGGCCACUGCAUCAAUACCAUCGACCAGGCAGCAGAGGAGAAAAGGAAUCUGCUUAAGGAUUACCUGAACAGACUUAACUGUAACAACAAGCAAGAAGCUGCCAAUAUCAACCAGAUACAGAAGGCUGUGGAAGACCUAAAGGCUGCUUCUACUGAGAGUAAGUCCUUUCUAGCUGGGCUCUUCGCAGAGCUCCGGCUGAUGUUGGACGAAGAGGAGAAAACAGCGAAGAACUUUGUCGAACAGCAAAUGCAGUCCGCCCUCCAAACCUGUGAAGAGCAAACCAGGGCCUGCCAAGAGAGAAUCAACAUCACUGAGAGUUUCACACAGGCCGCCAGGCGGAUUUACAAGUGUGAUGAUGCUAUUCAGCUUUUGAAGGAUUUCACUGAAACAGAAAAAGACAUGCAGCAGCAUCAUCAGCCGGCAGAUCAAAUCCACACUGUUCCUCUGACCUUCAAGGGGGUUCAGAAUUAUUUCUCCAAUUUCAAAAAGGCUCUGCAAGCCAUUCUGAAAAAGCCUAUAGAGAACAGACUCGAGAAAGGUGUAAUGAACGGACCCGAAGCAAAGCAGGUGUUGGAUUUAGUGCACAUGACUAAAAGUUCAGGGGACAAGUCAACCUUCCUUAAAUAUGCCAGAUCUCCAACUCUGGAGCCCGACACAUUGCACCCUCGCCUCAGGCUGUCGGAGAACCGGGAGACAGUGAGCUGCGGCUGGUUGCGGAAGUCCUAUCCUGACGGGCCCCUGAGAUUUGACAAGCUCUGGCAGGUGCUGAGCCGGGACUCAUUCUUUGCAGGUCGCCACUACUGGGAGGUGGACCUGCACUGUGCCUGUAAGGGCUGGUGGAUUGGGGCAGCCUACCGCUCUAUGAGCCGCAAAGGGGACACAGAGGCUUCCCGUCUGGGUUGGAACAGGGGCUCCUGGUGCUUGAAGCGCUUUGACUUGGAGUACUGGGCCUUCCACAACGGUACCAGGACUCAUGUGCUGCUAGAAGAAGAUCCAGACCGUAUUGGUGUCUUUCUGGAUUACGAGGCAGGCACCCUCAGCUUUUUCGACGCCAUGUGCGGCAUGAAGCACCUUUACACCUUUAAGGCCAACUUUACAGAGCCAUUGUAUCCAGCUUUGAGGCUCUGGGAGGGGGCUAUUACUUUCUGUAAACUCACCUGACACGCACAAAUUCUUUAUGUUGUGCAUGAUAACAAGGUGUAUUUGAUUUACAAUGACCUGUAACUGAUUACUACCACUACAUUAAUUGCUGCACAGCAAAUACAAUACUACAAUGCAUAAUGAAAAAAACAAGUAACAAUACUUUAAUAACCUAAUUAGACAGUGAACACACAUUUUGUACCUAUCUGUAUUUUGCAUAUCAUGAAACUAAUAAAGACAAAAGAUAA